UUUUGUGCGUGCAGCUUUGCCAAGAAGUGCUAACCGGUGUUGAGUGUUCCCAAGCCACACGACAGUUCUCGAUGAUGUCCUCAGAGCAGAACGCGAGCCACGCGUAGGCGAGCGUGUGUGCGAAAAAGUGUGGUGAAAAAAGUGAGUUUGCGAGUGCGAGGCAAGGGAACUUGGGUUCACUUCGCAGGCUGUGGGGCGCUUCGCGGGCCUGGUGUGGCUCAGUGGGUGUUCGCGUGGCCACAGAGGGUGACUUUGGGCGGGCGUGCGAGGCGGCUGUGGGGCGCCGCGGCGCCAAUCGAUUCUCGGCCAACUAGAGCAGGAGCCAGCGGACAAAAAUGGCGGACCUCGAGGCAGUGCUGGCGGAUGUGAGCUACUUGAUGGCGAUGGAGAAGUCCAAGUCCGCCCCGGCGGCGCGGGCCAGCAAGAAGAUCAUCCUGCCGGACCCCAGCGUCCGCAGUGUAAUGCACAAGUACUUGGAGAAGGAGAACGAGAUUAGCUUCGAUAAGAUCUUCAAUCAGAUCCUUGGCUACUUGCUGUUCAAAGACUUCUGCGAGAAUGUGUCUGAAGAGCCGGUGCCGCACCUGAAAUUCUAUGAGCAGAUCAAGAACUAUGAGAAAACUGAGUGCCAUGAUGAGAGGCGAAAGCUGGCGCGGGAGAUUUAUGAUAAUUUCAUAAUGAAGGAAAUGCUAUCGCAUACUCAUGAAUAUUCUAAAGAAGCUGUGUCACAUGUUCAGAAAUAUUUAAUGAAGAAUGAGGUGCCAGUCAACUUGUUUGAGCCGUACAUUGAGGAGAUAUUCCAUCACUUGCGCGGGGAGCCUUUUGUGAAGUUCCUCGAGAGUGAGAAGUACACGAGAUUCUGUCAAUGGAAGAAUCUCGAGCUCAACAUUCAGCUGACGAUGAAUGACUUCAGCGUGCACAGGAUCAUCGGCAGGGGUGGCUUCGGUGAGGUGUACGGCUGUCGCAAGGCCGACACGGGCAAGAUGUAUGCCAUGAAGUGUUUGGACAAGAAGCGCAUCAAGAUGAAGCAAGGUGAGACGCUGGCACUCAAUGAGCGCACAAUGCUGUCUCUCGUGAGCACGGGCAUCGAUUGUCCCUUCAUUGUGUGCAUGACGUAUGCCUUUCACACCACGGACAAGCUCUGCUUCAUCCUGGACCUGAUGAAUGGCGGCGAUCUGCACUACCAUCUGUCGCAGCACGGCGUCUUCAAUGAGAGCGAGAUGAAGUUCUACGCGGCGGAGGUGAUUCUGGGCCUGGAGCACAUGCACAAGCGCUACAUUGUGUAUCGUGACCUGAAGCCGGCCAAUAUCUUGCUGGAUGAGAAUGGGCACAUCCGGAUAUCGGAUCUGGGCUUGGCAUGUGACUACUCCAAGAAGAAGCCGCACGCGUCCGUGGGCACGCACGGCUACAUGGCGCCGGAAGUGCUGUCGAAGGGCACGCCGUACGACUCGAGUGCCGACUGGUUCAGCUUUGGGUGCAUGCUGUACAAGCUGCUGAAGGGUCACUCGCCCUUUAGGCAGCACAAGACCAAGGACAAGCACGAGAUUGACCGCAUGACGCUGACGAUGAAUGUGGAGCUUCCGGAGUCGUUCAGCAAGGAGCUGCGCAAUCUGCUCGAGAGUCUGCUGCACAGAGAUGUUGACAAGAGGCUGGGAUGCCGCGGCAAAGGGGCGGAAGAGGUGAAGGAGCAUCCCUUCUUCACGGGCAUAGACUGGCAUCAGGUGUACAUUCAGAAGUACACGCCGCCAUUGAUUCCGCCGCGCGGCGAAGUCAAUGCGGCUGAUGCAUUCGAUAUUGGGUCAUUCGACGAAGAGGACACGAAGGGUAUUAAGCUAACAGAGGCAGAUCAGGAUCUCUACCGAUACUUUCCAUUGACCAUAUCAGAGAGAUGGCAACAAGAAGUGGCAGAGACUGUGUUCGAGACGGUGAACAAUGAGGCGGACAAGGUGGAGAACAAGAAGAAGGCGAAGCAGAAGCAGCGCUUCGAUGCCGAUGAGAAGGAUUCCGACUGCAUUCUGCACGGCUAUAUUAAGCGAUUAGGCGGUGCUUUCGCCUCUGUUUGGCAGACACGCUACGCAAAGCUGUAUCCCAAUCGACUGGAAUUGCACUCGGAGAGCGGAAGCACAAAGCCAGAACUGAUUUUUAUGGACCAAAUAGAGGAAGUCUCAUCAGAUUACGUGCAAUACAAAAAUGAGCAAUGUAUACAAAUUCGCUUUCGCGAUGGAAUUCGCGACGGUCGAAUAGUCUUGACGAAUCCAGAUGAAAUUGGACUGAAGGAGUGGGCUUUGUCACUGCGAUCGGCGCACAAGUUGUCACAAGAAUUGCUCGGCUCCAUGGCGAAGAAGGCGGGCAAGAUUUACGGCACGGAGCGUGAUAUCAGUGCCGCGGCGUCGGCCAACAAAGCGGCAAUCAUUUCCGGCCAUGUGUCCGGAAAUGCGUUCACGAAGAGCACUAAUGGAUCCAACUAGCGGUUACUUUUACGAUCUCGUUCCUGUUUCAUAGAGACGAGUCGUUUGAAAGAUGCCUCAGCCAAGUUAAAGUGUAAGGAUACAUGAAAAGGUGGAAUUUCUGUUCAACAAGGAUUCUUUUGAGCGCGUCUCUCAACUUUCCAUCGAUUGAUUUUUCUUUUUCUAUAUCCAUGUGAGACUUUUUCUAAGUGUUUUUCUACUUAAAAACAACAUUUUAAAAAAGAAACCCAGUGAAAUUCCUGCGUCUACUAAACAGAGUGAAAGAGAGAAGAAAAGGAUGAAGAAAAAAAACGGAUAUUUGACAUAAUAACAUAAAGUAUUUAAAUUGUUGGCAAAUGUUAAUUGUUUUGUCCACAAAAUGCGGAGGAAGAUUGAACUUUUGGUGUUUUGUGGGCAGAACAAUUCUAUUGAUGAUUAAAUAAUGUUAUAAAGAAGAUGCUUAGCAUUUAGUAAUUGAAGGAGAAAAUGAAGAAAAAAAAUUAGUGUUGAAGGCAAAGAAGAAACAUAAGGAUAAUAACGAACCUCAAUGUGCGGAUUUUUAUACGUGUAUUUUAUCUCUUUUUCUUUGGGUUUAUGACAACUUUUACCGUGAUUGGUGACAAAAACUUUUAACACAUAAUAGCGUUUAUAUACUCAAAGAGAGAUACAAACAAACAAAAGAAAAUAAUAGAGAUGAAUUUUGUAGCGAUGAUGGAAGAAAAAAAUAGUGACAAUUCUUGACAUUGUCAGUAGAGUUUUGUGCCAAAAGUCAUUUGAUUUGCAUUCCAUUCUUACUAACAUUGAUUUCAAACAUUGAAUACUGGACAAUCCUGCAGGCCCGAAUUUUGCUAAAUGGUUUUACAGUCGUCACUUCAUUACAUGCGUGUUUUCAAUUAAUGAUGAAGAUGUAGGAGAAAGAAGUAACAUUUAUAAAUGGACAGAGAGAGAGAGAAAAUGAUGAAGUAAGCGAUUAAUAUAAGAAAUUAGCUAAAUGAAAAAGAAAACAGUGUAUAUGCAAAAUAUGCUAAACUUCCAGAUGAAAGAAGAAGAAAAAAAAGAAAACCAUGAAAAUUACACAAAAAAUAUAGAUAUAUUGUGUCAAUUUU